UGUUUUCAGGUGCGGCGGGGCACGCGGGGCCGCGGCGGGCCGGGGCGCCAUGGCCGAGUCGCAGCUGAGCUGCCUGGACGAGGCGCACGUGAACCAGUGGCUGAGCGAGGCGCAGGCCGCCUUCUACUACUGCGAGCGGCGGCGGGCCGCGCUGGAGGCGCUGCUGGUCGGCGGCGAGCAGGCCUACCGCGAUCGGGUCCAGCGGGAGCGGCUGCGGGACUUCCUCUCCAGCCCGGAGCGCCAGGCCCUGCGCGCCGCCUGGAGCCCCUACGAGGACCCCGCCCCCGCCGCCGCCGCCGCCGCGGGCAGGAGCAAGGCCAGGGCCAAGGCCAAGGCCCCCGCGCAGGCCGCGGCCGAGCCCGACGAGUCCCUGGCCUACUGGCCCGACCGCUCGGACACCGAGGUGCCCCCGCUGGACCUGGGCUGGACCGAGACCGUCUUCUACCGCGGCGUGAGCAGUGUCACCCUCUUCACCCACCCCCCCAAGGAGGAGAAGGCCCCGCACCUGAAGCAGGUGGUCAGACAGAUGAUACAGAAGGCGCACAAGGUCAUCGCUGUGGUCAUGGACCUCUUCACCGACUGCGACAUCUUCCAAGACGUGGUGGACGCCGCCUCGAAGCGCCGGGUCCCCGUGUACGUCAUCCUGGACGAGGCCGGAGUCCCGUGCUUCCUGGAGAUGUGCCAGGGCCUGGAACUCACCGACUUCCGCAUCCGGAACAUCCGUGUCCGCUCUGUGACUGGCGUGGGCUUCUACACGCCCACGGGGAAGAUCAGGGGGGCCCUGUCAUCGAGGUUCCUGAUGGUGGACGGUGACCAGGUAGCCACGGGAUCCUACAGCUUCACCUGGAGUUCCUCCUGCGUGGACAGGAACCUCCUCCUCCUCCUGACGGGGCAGUACGUGGAGCCCUUCGACGUGGAGUUCCGGGAGCUGUACGCCAUUUCCGAGGAGGUGGACCUGUACCGGCACCUGGGACUGGCGGGAGGCGCCGGCAGACUGGGCCUCAAGUACUCCUCCACCGUGGCGCGCAAGCUCAUCAACCCCAAGUACGCCUUGGUGGCGGGCAGCCGCCGGCCGCCGGGAGAGAUGAUGCGUCGGGCCGUGCGGCAGCAGCAGGAGGCUGGCGGCCACCCCGUGGGGCAGGAGGAGGCCAGCGGAGGUGGCGAGUCGGCCUGGCGCCUGGAGAGCUUCCUCAACGACCUGGUGACGCUGGAGCAGGUGCUGCCCCCCGUGGAGCCCAUGCCCCUGGCAGAGCCACGCCGGAUGGUCUCCCACAUACACGUGGACCUGAAGCCCCGAUCCCGGAACAGCAAGGGGGAGGCUGCCAACGGGGAGGCCACCGUGGCCAAGGAGGGCAAGCGCUUCAGCGGCAGGCUUUUCAGCCAGCGGCCCAAGAGGCCUGCAGCACCCAACGGCACAGCCGGCUCCCUCUCCACCGAGACCCUCACCAACAGGGAGAUUCGGGCAGGGAAGAGGCCCAAUGAGGGUUCCAACGGUGCUGACAUCUCAGGUAAAGCAAGCCCCAGUCCCUCCAAGUCGAGCAAUUGUGUGGUUUGCUGAGCUGCAGGACCUGAGGUUGCCGACCUGCCCUGUGUGGUGCUAUGCCGAGCCUGGGCCACACCCUGCAACUGUUUGCACUCCGGACCCCAGCUGGCCUCGGGGAGGGCCCCUGAGUCCCGAACCAGAGGACGGGAAGCAUCUCAGGACGACCCCACGACCCCACGGUGCCUUGUUGAUGCUGAGCUGUGCCUGCUCCCCUUUGUGCUGGCCCCUCCCCCACAGGCAGGCCCCAAGUGGGGUGAGGGCCAUGUCUUCACACCUUCAUGGGAUGGGGUUUCUGGGGCAGCCCCUCCCUCUGGCUUCUCCUUCCCUAAGCUUCCUGGGGCUUCUGGUCCCCCCAGGAGGUUGGUGGAAUAAAAGGGAAGAGGCCGGACUCAGUUCCAGCCUUGCUCCAGCCUCAGAACCCUAGGAAGGAGCUGCUGCUGUGGUCCUCCUGGCCCAGCCCUCAGACUGCUGGCUCCAGACUGGACACGCCACCCCCUCCGCCGCCGCCCGCCCCCGGCAGCAGACGCUGACCUUGCUGUGCCGAGGUCUCCCUCUUCCUCAGCCUGUGUGCUCCAGGCCUCCCUGGCCAACGCCAGCCCCUGUGGGUUCCUACAGUGCCUCUGCCUGGCCUGCUCCUCCCCUCAGACCACCUCGGUUUGCAAUACCAAACAGGCAGAGGGCUUGGCCUAGAGAAGUUCUGGGCACGGGGUGGGGAGAGGCUGGGGCCCCUUCACCAGCCGGGGCUGCUCCGGGCACAUUUCAGCCGAAGACCAGGCUCGGCCUCCUGGAAGAGUCGGACGGUGCUGAGGAGCUGUGUGGCUCCCCGGGGCUGGUCGGCCCGACUGCCGCGAGGCCGGGCCCAGGGGAGACCUUGCCGAGCUGCGGAUCCCCCCGGGCCGGCCCGGCAGCCUCUCCAGCCUCCGACUCCAGCCCCCAACCUCUGUCCCCUUUCUUUCCCUCCCACUAUCCUGGGACACCUGUGCUGUGGGAGGGGCACCCAGGCUGGGCCAUGGGACGUGGGGCCACACGUGGCAGCCACCUGGGGGGAGGGGAAAGAAAGGGCCAGCCUGUCCCCAGGGCUCUCGUCCUGCGUCUGGAGCUGGCCUGCGGGGUGUGGAGGGAGUGCACCCUGGCCCGCCUGCCUGGGCUGUUGUGAGGAUUAAACGCUCCUGGAGGUGUGCGCUGAGCACUGAGACCUGGCA